AGGCACCGGCGCAGGCUCGCUUUCUGGCGGGUGCGCGGGGCCAGUCCGCCAGCGGCUGUCUUCCCGUUCCCGCCUGUUCCGCAGCGCACCCACGGCCUGUGACCACAGCGACCGCUCCUCAGUGGGGAGAGAGCCGGGCCGGGCGAGGCUCCGGCCUGACAUGCGAAAGGACCUCGGUCCAGUCCCCAGUCGGGCCGCGCCUCCUGUCCGUCUGUGCGCCGGCCUGUCAGGGGCUAGUGUCUCCAGCGAUCGAGGUCGCAGACCUAGAGGCGCCCCACAGGCCGGCCCGGGGCGCGGGGAGCGCCGGCCGCCGGCUGGGUAGGGAUGCCCCUGCACGUCAAGUGGCCGUUCCCCGCGGUGCCGCCGCUCACCUGGACCCUGGCCAGCAGCGUCGUUAUGGGCCUGGUGGGCACCUACAGUUGCUUCUGGACCAAGUACAUGAACCACCUGACCGUGCACAACAAGGAGGUGCUGUACGAGCUCAUCGAGAACCGAGGCCCGGCCACGCCUCUCAUCACCGUGUCCAAUCACCAGUCCUGCAUGGAUGACCCUCAUCUCUGGGGGAUCCUGAAACUCCGCCACAUCUGGAACCUGAAGUUGAUGCGUUGGACCCCUGCAGCUGCAGACAUCUGCUUCACCAAGGAGCUGCACUCCCACUUCUUCAGCUUGGGCAAGUGUGUGCCUGUGUGCCGAGGAGAUGGCGUCUACCAGAAGGGGAUGGACUUCAUUUUGGAGAAGCUCAACCAUGGGGACUGGGUGCACAUCUUCCCAGAAGGGAAAGUGAACAUGAGCUCUGAGUUCCUGCGCUUCAAGUGGGGAAUCGGGCGCCUGAUUGCUGAGUGUCAUCUCAACCCCAUCAUCCUGCCCCUGUGGCAUGUUGGAAUGAAUGACGUCCUUCCUAACAGUCCGCCCUACUUCCCCCGCUUUGGACAGGUGGGUGGGGACUGCUGACCUUUGGCUGGCUGACUUUCUGCCUGUCUGUCUGCCAUCUACCCCAUGUCUCCCACUCAGCACUAUGGAGACCAGAUGCAGGAGGAGCUGAGCGUGAGGCUGCAGCAAGGGACAGAGUGGAACAUAGGGACUUCUUGGCACCGAGGCAUUAAAAUGAAAGCAGAGGGCCGGGCGCGGUGGUUCAAGCCUGU